AUGUCGAAGCCACUUCAAGGAACUGCAAUCAUUACCGGGGGCAAUGGGACCCUCGGCUCAGAGAUAGCUAUCGCUAUCGCCAAAACGCAGCCUUUCGUGCACCUGCUGCUUCUUGCGCGCGAUAUCAGAACCGACAGCGUGAAGGAUCUGCUACAGAAGAUCCGCCUCGUCGGGCCUAGAUCUGUCGAAGUGGCCAAAGUCAACCUGGCCAGUUUCAACUCGGUCGUCAGCUUCUGUCAGAAUACUGUGGAGAGGGUCCGAACUAAAGAGAUCCCGCCGAUAAUGCUCCUGGUCAACUCUGCUGCCAUGGCAUCUUAUGUCAGCGAUCCAGUCACACCGGACGGAUAUGAUCCGGUCUACCAGGUUAAUUGCAUUGCACCGUUCCUGUUGACGGUCAGCCUACUUGAAGCUUUCCGAGCCGGUAAUGGCACGCCGGACGGGGGUGCCAGAGUCAUCAAUAUUGGAUGCUCUGCUAUAUCCAAUGGCUCGUUGAACUAUUUCGACGACAGCCCAGACAAUGCACCGAAGCCUCCCGGCACUCCUCUGAGUGCAAAGGAAGGGAAUGCUCGGUUUGGCAGCAGUAAGCUAAUCAUGAGUGCCGCCAUGUAUGCAUUACGGCGGAGUCUGGUCCUGACUGGCAACAUGUCACUCAACAUAUACACUCUGGACCCAGGAGGAUUGGAAGGGAAUAGCCAUCUGACGACAGAUGCCCCCUUAUCGGUCCGAAUGGCACAUUCAACCCGGUCUAGCCUCGGGCCAUUCCUGAGAGUGUUCUCCAAGAGCGCUAUCAACAAGGCCAGUGUUCCAGCCAAGGUCGUUGCGAAAGUCGCAUUCCAGAGAGAAACAGUGGAGCUCUGGGGCAGGGAGCGCUAUUAUAUCUUGGACAGCGACUACGAGGCCGGAUCCGUCAUUUUGGCACUGCGAGACCCGCCCCUAAUGGAUUCACUGCUAAAGAAAAUUUUUCAACCACGUCCGCAAUCUGCCCUACGACGACGAAGACUGCUCAUCCAGCGGCUAUGUCUCAUCGGUGGCAUCUCUCUGCUAAUACUCGUCCUCAUCUUUCCUUCAUGGCGCGCCGCGAUUCUUCCCACAUUAUCGCUUGGACUUAUACAUUCCAGCGAAGAUAUACAGCUACAGACUGUCCGAUAUUAUGACCUGUCUAAAGUACAAGGCACGGCGCAAGGAUGGGAGAAAGGGGAGCGUGUACUCAUGUUGACCCCUCUCCGAGACGCCUCGUCGCAUCUGCCAAUGUUCUUUUCACACCUCCGAAAUCUCACCUACCCUCACAACCUCAUUGAUCUAGCGUUCCUGGUGUCGGACUCGAAAGAUGAUACGUUGGGAAUGCUGACGCGUAUGCUCGAGGAGGUCCAAAACGAUACUGAUCCCAAGAUGACGUUCGGAGAAAUUUCGGUCAUCCAAAAGGAUUUUGGGCAGAAGGUGCAGCAGGAUGUGGAAAGUAGACAUGGGUUUGCUGCACAGGCGGGACGGAGAAAACUGAUGGCCCAGGCGAGGAAUUGGCUGCUGAGUGCUACUCUACGUCCGACCCACAGCUGGGUUUACUGGAGAGACGCCGAUGUUGAGACUGCUCCUCGCACUAUCCUGGAGGACUUGAUGCGACAUGACAAGGAUGUCAUUGUACCGAAUGUCUGGCGACCACUCCCCGACUGGUUGGGUGGGGAACAGCCCUAUGACUUGAACUCAUGGCAAGAGUCGGAGACGGCUUUGGCUCUGGCUGAAACGUUGGACGAGGAUGCGGUGAUUGUAGAGGGAUAUGCGGAGUAUGCUACUUGGCGGCCUCACCUCGCCUACCUUCGCGACCCUUUUGGAGACCCCGACAUGGAGAUGGAGCUGGAUGGUGUCGGAGGUGUCAGUAUCCUAGCCAAGGCAAAAGUGUUUCGCUCUGGAGUUCAUUUUCCUGCCUUCAGUUUCGAGAAGCACGCUGAAACUGAAGCGUUCGGGAAAAUGGCUAAGCGCAUGGGAUUCUCGGUCAUCGGUCUUCCUCACUACACGAUCUGGCACCUUUACGAACCUAGUGUAGACGACCUUCGACACAUGGAAGAAAUGGAGCAGGAGCGGAAGGCUAGGGAGAGGGAAGAGAAGGAGCAAGCUGAACGAGCUGAGCGCAUGAAGGCCCUCUUCGUAGAACCCGGGCCGCAAUGGGAUAUCGACAAAGCCUUCGUGGAGGAUUCAAUUCAGAUUGAGAAACAGGAGGCCGGCCAGACCAAGGCCGACGGAGUGACAGGGGCAGCAGAGGUUAAAGACGUGCAGGAUUCAAUUCAGAUUGAGAAACAGGAGGCCGGCCAGACCAAGGCCGACGGAGUGACAGGGGCAGCAGAGGUUAAAGACGUGCAGGAUUCUGCAAGUCACCCUGUCGCUGCUUCACCAAAGCCAAGUGUCAAUGCCGCGCCAGUCGUGCGAGGAAGACCCGGGGAGGCGGAGCGGAGCAUCUAA